AUGGCUGUAUCCGCGCCGAAGAAGAUGGUCACGGCCUCGUCGUCGGGGCCUGUCAAGCAGAAGGAGAUUCCCGGCACCGGAGCCGUGCCGGUCUCCCAGGUCAAGGGGCUCUACCUGACGGCCUACAACUUCAUCUCGGCCAUCCUGUGGACGACAGUGCUGGGCCGCACGGCCAUUGUGGCGGGUCUCCGCGGGCCGGCCUUUGUGCCGAUUGUGGUGGACGACUUUCUGCGCUGCACGCAGACCAUUGCUCUGCUGGAGGUGGUGCACUCGGUGCUGGGUAUGGGCGCUCCUGCAACGAUGAUGCCGAUCUCAAUGACAAUCGCUGACAGCCUCGCAGGCAUAGUUCGCGCGCCCCUGUUUACGACGGCCAUGCAGGUGGCCAGCCGGCUGCUGCUCGUGUGGGCCAUUGUGUACCCGUUUCCGGCCGAGACGACGUCGAGUCCGUUCUAUACGUCCAUGGUGCUGGCCUGGAGCCUGACAGAGGUGAUCCGCUACUCGUACUUUGCCCUCAGUCUCGCGCGCGGGCCCGAACGGCCGCCGCCGUCCUGGUUCACGGCCCUGCGCUACAGCACGUUCCUGGUGCUGUAUCCGGUCGGCAUCAGCUCCGAGGUGCGGCUCGUCUACCUGGCUGCCACCACGCCCAGCGCGGCCGCCACUCUGCACCCGCUGUACCCGGCCGCGCUCUACGCCGUGCUGGCCGUGUAUGUGCCUGGGUCCUACAUCCUGUACACGCACAUGCUGGCCCAGCGGCGCAAGGUUCUGCGUCGGCUCAAGGCAGAGGCUGCUGUGGGCAAGAAGGUUCAGUAG